GCGCCGUCGGCCCCACGCCGCCAUACCGCAGGCCCCGCGGGGCCCGCCAGUCACUCGUCCCGGCUGCCCGGUGUGCCGCCAGCAUGUCCCGGUCGCAGCUCCGAAGCCGGCGCCUCCUCGCUCUCCCGCCGCACUGCGCCCGGGGACUAGCUCUGCUCCUGUUCCUUGCGCUGUCCCUGGGGGUAGGCUCCGGCUGUCCCUGCCAGGAGCAAGCGUUGUGCCGGCCGAUCAGCCACCGCCCCGACUUCGAGGUCUUUGUGUUUGAUGUUGGACAGAAAACUUGGAAAUCUUAUGACUGGUCACAGAUUACAACUGUGGCAACUUUUGGAAAAUAUGACUCAGAACUUAUGUGCUACGCUCAUUCAAAAGGAGCCAGAGUAGUGCUAAAAGGCGAUGUAUCUGUAAAGGAUAUCAUUGAUCCUACUUUCAGAGCAUCCUGGAUAGCUCAAAAAAUUAAUUUGGCCAAAGCACAAUACAUGGAUGGAAUUAAUAUAGACAUAGAGCAGGAAGUCAAUUGUUCAUCUCCUGAAUAUGAUGCAUUAACUGCUUUAGUCAAAGAAACUACAGACACUUUCCAUCGUGAAAUUGAGGGAUCUCAGGUAACCUUUGACGUAGCUUGGUCUCCAAAGAGCAUAGACAGAAGGUGUUAUAAUUAUACUGGAAUUGCAGAUGCUUGUGACUUUCUCUUUGUGAUGUCUUAUGAUGAACAAAGUCAGGUCUGGUCAGAAUGUAUUGCAGCAGCCAAUGCUCCCUAUAAUCAGACAUUAAUUGGAUAUGAUGACUACAUCAAGAUGGGCAUUAACCCUAAGAAACUUGUAAUGGGUAUUCCCUGGUAUGGUUACGAUUAUACUUGUCUGAAUCUAUCUGAGGAUCACGUAUGUACCAUUGCAAAAGUCCCUUUCCGAGGGGCUCCUUGUAGUGAUGCUGCAGGACAUCAGGUGCCUUAUAAAAUUAUCAUGAAGCAAGUAAAUAGUUCUAUUUCUGGAAGUCAAUGGAAUAAAGAUCAGCAGGCUCCUUAUUACAACUACAAAGAUCCUGCUGGCCAUUUCCAUCAAGUGUGGUAUGAUAACCCUAAGAGCAUUUCUUUAAAGGCAGCAUAUAUACAAAACCGUGGCUUACAUGGCAUUGGCAUGUGGAAUGGAAACUGUCUUGACUACUCUGGAGAUGCUGUAGCCAAACAGCAAACUGAAGAAAUGUGGAAAGUUUUAAAACCAACUUUGCGACAGAGAUGAGCAUCUUUUAUCAAACUAUUAAGAUUUAGAAAAAUGAUCUUUGUAAAUUGAUGUAGUCUCUUGAGAAGAUAAAUAUUAACAUAUGUAUACAUUUUUUUGUCAUAUUGCUAUACACUUUAGUUAAGAUUCUCAAAAAACAGAUAAAAAUAAAUGCUUUGUUUCAAUUUGAAAAAUAAAUAUGUAUUAAUAUAUUUUGGUGCUCUAUGAACACAAAAGUAGGAAACAAGUCAACUUACUAUUUUAAAUAUUCCUCUGCAAGAUGUUUUAACAGUAUAAUUUAAUUAGGAACAAUUGCUUUCAGCAUUUCAAUGUGUUCAUUUUUCCCCAUGAUAAAAUAUAUGCUUACAAAUCAGUUUUUCAAAUAUGUAUAUUUUGAAGUAGAAAUUGUUUGCUUAAAUAGAUUUUCUUAAACCUAAUCUUUGAGAAGCAGUUUGUUCUGUACAUUCUUUCCAAAACAUUUUAAAUUAAAACCUGCAACGUAGUGUCUCCUCUUUAAGGUCAUCAAACUGAUGUUAGUAAUUUUUUGCUUUCUGACUCCAGAUAGCACUCAUUUUUUUUUUUUUUGUGGCACUUGAACUAAACUUACUUAAAACUUCCAGACAAUGAGUAAGAAAAAAAAAGAACAUAAAGGAUUUAAAGUGCUUAUGAAAUAUAAGGAAGAUAACUUAGUAAUAUUUUGAAUUAGGUUAGAGGUACCUAAUAUUUUCAACUAAAUUAUAUUUUUAUGAGGUUAUAUUUGAAAUUUUAUAAUAAGAAUAACUUGUUGAAACUGAUUUGUCCACUGUCAUUUACCCUUCCUAUUAUUCAUAUUCAUUCAUUUUUAAAUAUUUCUAAUUUAUUUCUUGGUUAGUUGUCUUUUCAUGGUCAAAUUUUUCUUUUUUCUUUUAAUUAUCUAAAGACACUAAUUGUUUUCUUAAUAAAUGUUCCUCUUUCUGAAAAUUAAAUUUUGGGCAAAGAACUUUUCUAAAUGUACAGAAAUCUCUGUUCUGUUUCUCAAGACAGUUAAAAACAACACAAUUAAAAACAACAUUGUGCUGCAUUUAUAUUAGUUCCUGUAAAUACUAAGAUUAAAAAUCUGCAACCUUGUACUCUGGACUUAUAUAAAUCCUGUCUGCCCUGUAUAUUUUCUCCCCUCCAAGCUGGAAUAAAAGAUGUUUCAACCAUU